AUGUUUUUUGAUUAUCCUUACUUAUUAGCCAAAACCCCAGAAUCAUUGUUUUUAGGGAAAUUUGACGAUGAAUCAAGUACAGAAUUAGAGUUAAAGGAACUAUCUCUCAAACCAGCAAAGCAAAACGUAAUAGCUUUUUUUAAAUUAACAUUUAAUGAACAAUACUUUGUUAUUAUUGCAGACUAUAAGCUAAAAAUAUGGAAAGAAGGCAAUCCAUCUUGCAAAAACAUUCCAGAAUUUGAAUUCGAUAAAGUUUUAAGAAUUUACAGGGAUCCAUUAUAUACUAAUAGAUUUUUCAUCAUUAAUGGCAAUCAUUCGUUGAUAAUGAUUCAUUUUACAGCACCAGACAAGUUAAUUCAAAAAAUAAUAUUUCAAGAUAAUAUAAAAAGACUAUUUUUAACAAAUAAAUCAUUAACAUGCCAAUUGUUGAAUCCACCUUACAUAUAUACAGCCUCAGAACGAAGUGAUAUUGUAAUUUCGGAACAAAAGCAGUUCAGACUACAGCCAUAUGUCAACACCAAAUAUACAACGAUAUAUGACAACCUUGCAUACAUUAGUGACGAGAAUAGUUAUGUUCACAUUCAAAAAAUUGAAAAUUCCGAGUUUGCAAACGAAAUUACUUGUUUCAAAGGUCAUAUAUGGGAUUCACAAUAUCCCAUAAUUGAACUCCCCAACAACAAACUAGAUAUUUUUGAAAAUAUUAUUGAUUUAAGUGAAUUCUUAAAAAAUCAUCCUCGAAAAACUAUCAAAUCAUUCUCUGUUUCAUCAGGAUAUCUCUGUAUCUUGUGUGAAUCCAAUCACGCGUAUUUAAUUAAAUUACCGGAAUUAAGUAUAGAAUCAACUGUUGAAAGAUUAGACUUUACAAGCAAAAUAGUACCAUUUAAAGAAGUGGCUAUUGAUUUAGUCAAAAAAGCUGACAAUUUAUUGAAUUCAAUCAAAAAUUUUAUAUCAAAGACAAAAGAAAUAAAUCAAUGCAUAAAUAAGGGUGCUAACAGUUCGGAUCCAAUAAAUUACGAAAGUAUCUUUGAAGCAGCACUUUCUAGGUCUGGAUAUCUUUUAUCUUCAACUUGUGACAAUGGAUUUCUUAAAUCUGGUAUUUCUUCUGGAUCCAUUCCAGAACCAUUGCUUCUCAGAAUGGGAACUGCUCUUGUUGAAGUUUCGAGUGAAAAAUGCAGUGGAGCAGCUGUUCAUGCAGCAAGAAUUUUCUUAUCACUGGAUAAAAACUCUCCUUUGGUUUGUUUUGUUAUGAAAGAACAAAAAGAAAGACUUCUUGAGCUGAUUAAUUUCAAACUUAUCAAGGCAGAAGGGAAUUAUCUGAAUGCUUUGAACCUUCUGAAGAAAUCUAUAAGUGCAUUUGACUAA